AUGGCCAUGGGAGUCGGUAACGAAGGUGACAAGAAGAUUUCCGCAGAAGAGCCAGCACUCGUGAGCCUCUGUUCCAAAGCAGUUAAUUUGACCAACAACAUCAACACUCACCUCAGCGACUAUGCUGAAUCUCCAGACGCGCAAAAUGAGACCAUUCAAUCCUUCACAACCAGAUUCAAUCGGCUUCGUGAAAUUUUGUGGAAGAUUCAGGCUGGAAUGCCACGGCUGACACAAGGAAAUGUUUUCGUUCCAUACAAAGCUUCACAAGAACUUUCGACAAGAAUGCAGCAUGUCGUCCACGAUCUCGUAUCGAGUGAUCUGAUAGUGGUCAAGCUCAUAUCGAGUUCACGAAAAACAGGGUUCCGAAAACUCCUUGCUGGCCUGAAACAGGCUUCAUUGGACACAGACAUCUCGAUGUUGAGCGAUACCAUGGCUCGACAUCGUGAUGCUCUCAGAAAUGAUUGGAUUGCGUUUAGCGAGAACCUGAGCAAAUUCGAACAGAGCUCUGCGUUGAAUGACGCCUCGCACAUUAGCUCGAAGGAUGGCAAAGACAACCUGAUGGUCUUUCCAAAAGAACUUGCUGUACAGCCUCCUGCACGAGCUAUGCCAGCCAAGAUUACGAGUCCACCGCUCCGCCAGAUACACGACGACUUCCGACUCAACUCGCCACUCGCUAGUCAUUCGCUAGGACAAACAGGAAGUCUGCAACAAGAGACUUUCGAUUAUGCUCCCGCUCAAGGUGCGACAUCGGCACACUCAUCAAUCCAGCCCGACGAACCUCGAACUCCGCAUUCUGUAGAUCAGGAUUGGGGCAAGCCGAAUGUCUGGCCAGGUAGCAAAUCUCUUCGCAUGGACAACUUUUCGAGAAACUCCUCCUUCCGACUUGGCUCUGUCACAUCCAUGCAGGAGCACUUGCCUACACCAUCAGCAGAACCACAGUUUUGGUCUAACUCUGGCUCAACAGCUGAGAAAGCUGCUCUUGUUGCUGCGCUUGAACGUCAAGACCACAAAGUGCUACAACAGCUGUUGAGAGGCAUGUCGAACGGAAAUCCGAUACCAUCAGGUUUACUGUCGCAGGCUGUGGGGAGCAAUGAUGUCUCCAGCCUUCGUCUUCUACUGACAUAUGGUGCCUCUGUCAACCAUGUCGAUGCUGAUGGAAAUUCUGCUUUGCUUCUUGCUGUGGCUACCUGGUCCAAUGAAAUGGCUACGCUGCUCUUGGAGCACGGUGCUGACCCAAAUCUUUGUGCAGUGGAGUCCAGCAUGUCGCCUUUCACAUUGGCUGCACAGCAAAACCAGGUGGAGCUUGUACAGCUAAUGUUGGACCAUGGAGCAAAUGUCAACGCUAUGUUGUCGAAUGGUGAUACUCCCAUCAAUGCAUGCAUAUGCCAGGGAGCUCGUACUGAGAUAGUCGCGCUCUUGCUUGGUAGCGGCGCAGUUCCCAAUCAAAAAACUCGUGAUGGAAAGACGCCUCUAUUUGAAGCACUCUCGAGACGACGUCUGGAUAUUGUGAAGCUGCUUCUUGAUCAUGGCGCUUCUCCCAACCUUGCAGGUCCUAAGCAUCCUCUUUGGCCAGCCACUUACUUACCACCAGCUCUGAAGCUAUUGAUUGCUCGUGGCGCCAAGCCCCAUAUGGCCUCGGGUAACAUGGAGCUUGCCGCCAGUAUCAACAACAUCCAAUCGAUCCAGAUUCUGCUUGACGCUGGGGUCAGUCCUAAUUUGAAGAAGGACGGAGUCUAUACACCUUUGUGCUCCGCUAUCCGUGAUGAUAGGGCCGAUAUUGUCACACUUUUGUUGAGCAACGGUGCUGAUCCCAAUCUUCCUGCAUCCGAGUAUCCAGCCUGGAAGUGCAUCAGUCAUGGUCGCUUACAUUUCCUACCAUCACUCUUGGCUGCUGGAGCCAAUCUACACUCGCCUUCUGGGAUCGCUGAGUUAGCUGUGGCGCAUAACAACAAAGACGCACUCAUGUACUUACUGCUCAAUGGCGUGGACGUGAAUGCGGCAAACGAUGAUGGACGAACUGCAUUGACUACGGCUAUCCGAGAUGAUCGUCUUCAGCUUGUAGACAUGCUGUUGGCACACGGUGCAAAUGUGACUGCACGUGGUGAGAAUUGGCCGCUGUGUAUGGCUUUGGGAAACCCGACGUUGCUGAAACGCUUGCUGGAACACGUUCAACAUCCGAAGAGCAUCACCAAGGGGAUUAUUGAGCUAGCUGUCCAGGCUAAUCAGCUAGAAAGUGUCAAGCUUCUCGUCGAAGCUGGCAUCAGUGUCGAGGAUAGGACUGGCGGUGUCUUCUCGCCACUUACAUCAGCUAUCCGUGAAAAUCGCAAAGAGAUUGUUCGGUAUUUGCUGGACGAGGCAGGGGCUGAUGUCAACUCGCCCGGCGAACAUCUUCCAUUGAUCAAAGCGAUUCGACGAUGCACAGACUCGAAUGACACCGAGAUUAUCGAACUGUUGCUCGAACGAGGUGCUGAUAUCAAUCUUGUUUAUCGUGGAUGGAAUGCUAUCAUGCAAGCUGUGGAGAAGGGAGACAAGAAGCUUAUACGACUCUUGAUCGAGAAAGGCAAUGGUAUCGACCUGCAGACUCUUGAUUCGGAUUCUGGACAGACAGUCUACGAGAUAAUAAGUGAACGUGGAUGGUCGGAGGGCAUUGAGCUGCUGAUGGAACAUCGGCAUCAGCUACGGAUGGUGACUGAUGGGUCGAUGUCGAGGAACUGA